AUGGAUUUUUUCUUUGGGAAACAACCAACUGUCAAAGAACAACAAAGGCAAAAUGAUCGAGAACUCCGCAAGGCAGCUAGAGACUUGGAAAGAGACAAAGCGGCUUUAGAAAGAGAAGAGAAGAAACUUGAGAAUGAGAUUAAAAAAAUGGCUAAAGAAGGCAAUAAUGAAGGUUGUAAAAUAUUAGCAAAACAACUGGUGCAGAUGAGGAAACAGAAAGCUAGGAUUUAUAGUGCUAAUAGUAAGAUUUCAAGUGUACAAAUACAAAAUAAGACGAUGGGAGCAAACAUAGCGAUUGCAGGCGCGAUGGGUACCACCGCUAAAACCAUGGAUAGCAUGAAUAAGGUCAUGAACCCACAACAAAUUGCUAAAGACAUGGAGGCCUUUAGACAAGCUAAUGCUAAGAUGGAUAUGACAGAUGAAAUGAUUGCAGACACACUUGAUGACAUCAUGGACGAAUCUGGCGACGAGGAAGAGACUGAAGGCAUUGUCAACAAGGUGCUCGAUGAAAUCGGCAUUGAAAUCAGUGGAAAGAUGGCUGGUGCCCCAUCGGUGGCUCGCAACAAACUUGGAGAAUCAACCAAAGACGCCGAUAAAGAACUUAUGGAACAGCUGGCUAAGCUUAAGUCUUAG